ACGCACCGCAUCAGAACCACGUCACUCGCCGGAGACCUGCCACAUACUCGCUAAAACAUUAGCCAGCAGCUAGCAUCUGGCUGCCCAGAAAUGUCGAUUUCUCCAAUAAAGGAGGGACUUUCACUUAUGAGUUAGUCAUGGUGACAAGUGAGGAAAACGGGAUGGAGCGGUGGAUCAAGCCACAUCUCACAUCUUCAGCAGACUGAUUCUUAAAUCUCCAAACCAACUGCACUAACAAGAAGACGACAAUCUGCAUCAUGGGAAGGAUCAGCUUUUCGUGCCUUUUCCCAGCCUCAUGGCAUUUCAGCCUGUCGUCCCUGUUUCUUCCUCGGCUCCUGACACCUUCCCUCAGACAGCUGCUUUUCAUCGGCCUGCUGCUCGGCCUCAUUGGACUGCUUUACCUGCUGCUUCUCUCAAAGGGGCACGCCAGCUGGCUCAGAGAAGAAAACCACUUUCACAGGCACUUGGCAAGGGUGACUGAUGUGGAUGCAACAGAUACAAGUAAUCCCGAUCUAAACUACGGCCUGGUGGUGGACUGUGGCAGCAGUGGCUCCAGGGUUUUUGUGUACUGUUGGCCCCGGCAUAAUGGCAAUCCCCAUGAACUGCUGGACAUUCAGCAAAUGAGAGAUCAACACCGCAAACCAGUGGUCAUGAAGAUCAAACCAGGCAUCUCUGAAUUGGCUAAAACACCAGAGAAAGCAAGUGAUUAUAUCUAUCCAUUGCUGAGCUUUGCAGCCCAACACAUUCCCAAAAAUAAGCACCAAGAGACCCCCCUGUACAUCCUGUGCACAGCUGGAAUGAGAAUCCUUCCUGAAAGUCAACAAGAAGCACUUCUUGAGGAUCUGCGAACUGACAUCCCGGUCCACUUCAACUUCCUUUUCUCUGAUUCUCAUGUGGAAGUGAUUUCUGGAAAACAGGAAGGUGUCUAUGCAUGGAUUGGAAUCAACUUCGUCCUCGGAAGGUUUAACCAUGUGCACAACGAUGGAGAAGCUGUAGUUGAGGUGAAUGUCAGCGAGCAGCAGGAGGCUCUGGUGAGGAAAAGGACCGCCGGAGUCCUGGACAUGGGCGGGGUCUCCACACAGAUCGCAUACGAAGUGCCCAAAACUGUAAGCUUUGCUUCUCCACAGCAGGAGGAAGUUGCCAAGAACUUACUGGCCGAGUUUAACUUAGGCUGUGACGCACAUCGCACAGAGCAUGUUUAUCGUGUUUAUGUGUCCACCUUCCUGGGGUUCGGAGGAAAUGCAGCCCGCCAAAGAUAUGAGGAGAGUGUCAUCAAAAAUACUGCCACCCGAAACAAGCUGUUGGAUCAGCAUGCGGGUGAGACGGCAGAUUCUCCUCUCCUCGACCCGUGUCUCCCCGCUGACCUGCAGGAUGAGAUCGGUUCGUCCACAGGGAAGCUCCAUCUGCGAGGCACCGGAGACUUUGACCAGUGUCGACACAUCCUGCAGCCGUUCCUCAACCGCACCAACGAGACCCUGACCUCCCUCAACGGCAUCUACCAGCCGGCCAUCAACUACAACAACAGCCAGUUCUACGGCUUCUCCGAGUUCUACUACUGCACCGAAGACGUGCUGCGAAUGGGCGGGGACUAUAACGCCUCCAAAUACUCCAAGGCUGCUAAGAGUUACUGCUCCACCCAGUGGAAGACUCUGAAGGAGCGCUUUGACUCUGGACUGUACGCCACACAUGCUGAUCUUCACAGGCUGAAGUACCAGUGUUUCAAAUCAGCGUGGAUGCAUGAAGUAUUGCACUCUGGCUUCUCUUUCCCAGCCAACUAUAAAAACCUGAAGACCGCUCUGUUGGUCUACGAUAAAGAGGUCCAAUGGACGCUUGGAGCUAUUCUCUACAGGACACGCUUUCUGCCUUUGAGGGACAUCCAGCAGGAAGGUCUGAAAGGAGUGCACUCUCACUGGCGGCACAGCUUCUCCUUUGUCAACAACCACUAUUUAUUCCUGGCUUGUUUCUUCAUUGUUGUGUUGUCCAUCAUGCUGUACCUGCUGCGGCUGCGUCGCAUCCAUCGGCGCGCGGCACAGCACUGCACCCCCUCCUCUGUGCCCUGGCUGGAGGAGGGUCUCGGCUCGCCCACAAUCCCCAUCACUCUCUAAAAGUCUUGACAGGAUGUGACUUUCCAAAGCAGAUCUCCUUGAGCUGUUUGAUUGUUCGUGAGCGUUUGAAGUCUGCUUGCAACAGAGAUUGUAGUACAAAUUGGACAUAUAUGGAAGAUCUUACCUGAGCCAUGAAAAUAUUUUUGUUAUUUUGUUUAAUUAUGACGUGUUUUUUCAUCCACGUUCUUGCCUGUUCUUGUCUCCAGGUGUUUUCCUAUUCAUGUCCGAAAAAAGACAAACACAACGGUACUUUGCUCACUAGCAAAUAUGGAGUCUAAACUUUGAAUUACACAAAAGUUGACAUUUGCCUUUAUUUAUGCCUUUUUAUUUGUAUGAUAUCUAUUUUUGGUUUCUUUUAUAGUUGGUUUAUGGUACUGUACAAGCACUUGCCAUUUCUACAGGAAACUCAAAUGCAAUCCAAUCUAUAAUUAUCAGAAAGAGGAGUUUGUAAUGCAGUUGAGAAACACAUCCCAUCUGGAAUGGUCUUUUAGUUUUCUUCCCAAAUGUUUCCUUCUCAACAGGACAAGUAUCCUUUAUCGCUAUACUAGUGCAAUACAUGUCUUCUCACUGUUGGGAAAACUCCAAAAACGUUUUUUUUAGAGAGAGAAUAAAUCUCUCCGAAAGCCCUGCUGAAAUUCUUAUGUUGGGUCAUCUGACUUUUAACGUCGGAUACCGUGGCAUAUAUUUACGUUGGGCUUCAUUUUCAGAAGCUGUCAUAUCACUGCUGUGAGGGGAUUGUAAAUGUAAGCACAUGCCCCAUUAUUUAUACGAAUACGGUCUAUAGUGUAAUGUUUGCACAGAUGAAUGCGAAAUAAGUGUUGUCACAUUGAAAUUCAGUAAUAAAGGAUUUAUGGUA